CUGACAUUUCGUUUGUUGAUUUUUAUUGACAAUGGCGACCCCUGAAUAAAAUAUUAAGAAAAAAAAUAUAUUUUUAGUAAAAACCCAGAGAAUCUAUUAUAAAAACUAUAAUAUUAAUUAAAAUAGAAAAAGAACGAUUAAUAAAAUGUCUACUACCACAGCAGGUCAAUGGGUAAAAUUCUUUAAUGCUUCCGGCAUACCCUCGCCGGCUGCAGCAACUUACGCUCACAUCUUUGUGGAAAAUCGCAUACAAGUUGAUAUGCUAAUGGAUUUAAACAAGGAAUAUUUAAGGGAAAUGGGCAUAACAUUGAUGGGAGAUAUUAUAGCUAUAUUAAGGCAUGCCAAAACUGUAUGCGAUCAAACGGCCCGGGAAAAAGUUUUAAGCUCUGAAACGCAUGUGCCCAUAGCAGCUGUCCCGGCAAAUCCUAUAACUCCUUUGGAGAAAAAUAAAAUUCGUUUAAAAUCAACUGCUUCGGUAGCUUCGUCCAGUUCACCUGCGAUUGUGACACCUUUAACUGCUGUAAAACCUCGCCGUGUCUUACCAGAGCAUGAAGGCAAAUAUAAAAUCAAAUUACCUUCCGGCACCACCGAGAGAAGUAAACAAAUUUUGGCCAAACAAGCUAAAUUGUAUUCCGACAGAGAGGCUGCUAAAGAUAGAUCGGAUAUUUUUAAACGAUUGGCCAAAAAUUCUAAAGGUACCAUUGAUCUAGGGGAUAAUAAUGAUGAUUCGUCUUCCGGAAGUUCGGACAAUGUUAGGAUGAGAAUUACCGGUGUGGGCAACAAAACUAUACAAACAACAGGUUCUAUAUUUUCAAGACUGGGCGGCAAGUCCAGCGAGGAUACGGUGUCAAAACAAAUAAAGCCCAUAUUAAAAAAUACAGCUAAAAAUCGACUCUCAACUAUUGUUAAAGCCAAAACAGUGGCACCCACUAUCGUUAAACCCAUUAAGCAGAAAGUAAUAUUGGUGAAGAAAGUUCCCUUAAAGAAAGAAAGUGAUGAAGACGAAAGUGCGGGGGUCUCCGACGAAGACAUGUAUGAUAAUAUGGACAUUUCAGGGGGAAGUGAAAAAUUUGUAAAAUUUGCCUCUACAGCUGAAGUAAGAGAAAUUGCUCCACGCAGACACAGUUCACCCACAAGAAAAACGUUCAAGGCUCGACAAGAUAAUAGUGUUAAAGCUCGCCUCGGUAUGAAUUCUAAACUCCACAGCACCAAGAAAUCCAUUAAUCUGAAAGCAUCACCGCCUUCGAAACUAAAAACAAUAUCAAAAAUGAAAGCCGAUGAGGUAUUAAAUCGCCAUGACUUGCCCGUACACAAACGUUUGGGCAGAUCCUCUCCGUCAGCCGCAAAAUCAUCAUCAUCAACUUCUAGCUCAAACGUUUCGACCAUAUCAAAACGUUUGGGUAGAGUUAAUAUUGAUAAAUCUUCGCCUAAAAACUCAAGAGCUUCUUCAGUUUUUGAUAGAUUAGGCUAUAAUAGCUAAAUAUGACAGAUACAUCAUUGCAAUCAACCAUUUUACUGUGCGUCUCUAAUGCUCAUUUCAAUUCAACAUUUUCAUUUGAUAACUUUUUCUUAAUUUCUGUUUUAAGUUCUUGUUUUAAGUACCUUUUUUUAUAAGGUAAGCUUAUGUUUAUUUUUUUUUAUUUAAAAAAGUAAUUUUUACAAAUUUAAGUACAUAAUAAAAAAAAAUUAAAAAUGUGAAGAUUUUAUUAUUAGUAAUAAACUAAAAUAAAUAACAUAA